GACAUGGAUAUUGACCUGUCUGUGCCUCAUUGUGUCGGUGUAUGAUCACAGCCGUUGAAAUUGUGAAAUAUGUUUUGAAUUCCAAAGAUUUGUGCGUUUAUUUCAAUUGAAUGUCAUUGAGAAUAAUCUGGCUUCGAAACCGGAGUGUUUUCUAAUAAGAAUUACGCAUAAUAUCUAGUGAAUUUCGAUAAUUCUCAAGCAAACAGGAUUUUGAGGAAACAUCAUGCCUCCCAAAAAGGUUCAAGAACCAGAAAAGAAACCCCUGAUUGGGCGAGUCGGUACCAAUCUUAGGGUAGGAAUCGUAGGAGUACCAAACGUAGGGAAAUCAACAUUCUUCAACGUCUUGACCAAAAGCUCCGCAGCUGCUGAGAAUUUCCCUUUCUGCACCAUCGAUCCCAAUGAAAGUCGUGUACCAGUCCCUGAUGCAAGAUACGACUAUCUUUGUGAAUAUUUCAAACCAUUAAGCAAAGUACCCGCUUUCCUGAACGUGGUCGACAUUGCCGGUUUGGUGAAAGGUGCAUCGGAAGGUCAAGGUCUAGGAAACGCCUUCCUUUCUCACAUCAGCGCCUGUGACGCCAUCUUCCACCUUUGUCGAGCCUUUGAAGACGAGAAUGUGACCCACGUGGAAGGAGACGUGAACCCAGUAAGAGAUUUAGAAAUAAUCAACGAAGAGUUGAGGAUAAAGGAUGAGGAAACCUUGAACAAGGCUCUGGAUAAGAUCGGUAGAGUUGUUGAAAGAGGAGCAGACAAGAAACUGAAGCCCGAAUACGACACGCUGCAGAAGGUGAAGCAUGUCCUGGUGGAUGAGAAGAACCACAUCAGGUUCGCCGACUGGGACGUAAAGGAUAUUGAAAUACUCAAUAAGUAUCUCUUCCUGACAUCAAAGCCAGCCCUCUACCUGAUCAAUCUCGCUGAGAAGGAUUACAUCAAGAAGAAGAACAAAUGGUUGAUGAAGAUCAAGGAAUGGGUUGACAAGCACGAUCCAGGUGCGCUCAUCAUACCUUUCUCCGGGGCCUUCGAGCACAAGCUGGUGGAGGAGUACGAGGAUCCCGAGCUCAGGAAGAAGUUCUUGGAGGACAACAAUGUUACCAGCGCUUUAGAUAAGAUCGUAGUCAACGGUUAUAAAGCACUUCAGUUGGAAUACUUCUUCACUGCUGGCCAUGACGAGGUGAAAGCUUGGACGAUACAAAAAGGUACGAAGGCGCCACAAGCUGCAGGUCGCAUCCAUACCGACUUCGAGAAAGGUUUCAUCAUGGCAGAAGUCAUGAAGUUCCAAGACUUCAAGGAAGAGGGCUCUGAAUCUGCUUGUAAGGGAGCAGGGAAGUACAGACAGCAAGGAAGAAACUACGUGGUGGAAGAUGGAGAUAUAAUUUUCUUCAAAUUCAACGCUGGAGCAGGUCUUAAAGAUGCGAAGAAGAAAUGAUAAACUCUACUCAUACAAAACUUGACUAACACUGCUUCAUGUUUUGCUUGAUGAUUUUCAUUAUCGACUUAAUGUAAGGAAUAAAUUAUGACUUGGUUUAAAA